AUGCGAUCAAGCUUCUUGAACAUGUCGGUCGAAGAGAUCGAUCAAUACUUAACCAGCGAAAGCGAGGGUAGAAGCAGCCUCCUUGGAAGGCGAGCCGAACCAGCCAGAGGGUCUCAGGAGGGGUACUCCUUCCUCUCUCGCAGGGUGGAGCCCGUGUACGUGCGAGACAAUGUCCGCGCGGAAGUGAGCAACAUGUGCGUCCAGUCCAACUUGUUGAGAGCUCCGGUCGAGCCCAUGGCGGUGAGUAUCAGCGAAGAGCGGAAGGCGCCGGAGGUUCAGCCGCAGGCAACGUCGGAGGAAGUGACGGCAGGCUAUGGUGCCUUCCAUGUGGGGGGAGAGGUGCAUGAAGUUCUCAGUCCCAAGUACAAGAGGAUCGAGAAGGUCGCUCUGACCAUCGCGACGUGCUGUGCCCUAGUCUUCGUCGGGCUGCUUGCUGACGACAUCCGCCAAGGCAAGACCCAGAACGUCGCUACUGCAGCUAGCCCACAGAAGCUCGCACAGAUUCCCUCUUCCUGCGGAGGCUUCCUGUGCCCGUACAGCGCAUCCUGCUCCAGGAGCGCAAUGGAGUGCCCGGAGGGGAACCCGUUCCUGAUGCCGGGGAGCGUGUACCGCAAGCUUGUGGACUGCCGUGCUGAGAGUGAGGUCUGUGACUGCGAGCAUCAUCCGGAGGGAUCGUCCUUGUGCUCGGCUCCGAGCGCAGGUCCUGCUGAGUUCAAGCUGGAGGAGGUGAAGGCAGCGGCUGCCGCAGGUGUCCCUUGUUCUCUCUUCCUCUGCCCAAAGAGCUCGCAGUGCGUGAAAUCGCCGAGCCUGUGCUCGGAAGGGUCGCCGUUUGCCGACCACUCGUCGCUCUACUGGAAGGAAGCGAUGCUGGCGAAGAAGGCCAUGGCAGUGCUGGAAGGGGAGGGAAAGCAGGCGGCUGCUUCUGCUCCUCGACCUGCCAAGAAACUUGAGGGCGUCGCGACAACCGUACAGGCGAAGAGGAGAGGAGGACAUGUGCCCUCGGCGCAGGCGAAGAUCGCAGCGCACGUGAAAGAGGCUGCGGUGAAGAGGCUUGCGAAGAAGGCGGCAGCGGGGAAGGCACGGACGAAGGGAGGAGCGGCGGCAGGGAGCGAGGGGCUGGCGUAUCGGGAGGAGAAAUCCCUAAGACAAUCGAUGCAGGAGAGCAAUCAGGCGUUGGAGUCAGCACUGAAAGACCAUGAGAGCUUCUCUAACUGA